AUGAGUUGUGGAUGUGGGACAUGGCAGGGGUCUGGCAUACCAUGCAAGCAUGGAUUGAGGGUCAUAUACAACCAAAGAUUGAACCCUGCCAAUUAUGUGUCUGCAUACUUCAAGGGGGCAGCUUAUAAGGCCACUUAUGCUCACCAUGUCCAUCCAAUGGCUGACCAUACACAAUGGCCUUCAUUCAAUGUCCCUCAAAUCAACCCUCCAACUAUCAAGAGAAGUGCAGGAAGGCCUGCCAAGCAGAGGAAGAGGGGUCCAAGUGAAGCAAGAAAGGGUAAGAGGCAUAAGAACAACAAAUGCAGCAUCUGUAAAGAGUUGGGUCACAAUGUGAAGACUUGCAAAAGUAAGAGCCAAGCUGGAAGUUUAUCUGCAAGCCAACAAGGCAGAGGGAAGAAAAGAAAGGCUGCUCAGGCAAGCUCUUUACAACAAGCUGAGGGAAGAAAAACCAGGAGGUCAACAAAGGCUAACUAG